AUGAAGGACCAGCAUGCUGAGAACACCAGUACUAGUCUACUGGAAAGCCUUGAAUCUGUUUUGGAAAGGCUUGGUUUGCCUAAUGAUCCUAACAACACAACUAAUGAUCAUGGAGGCAACAGUAAUUGUUCUACCUUGAAUCAGACUAUGAAUGGGACGACCUCAACUUCGAAUAAUAAUAUUCCUGUUGGGAAUAGAUUAAGUUCACAAGGCUACGAUGGUCCCUCCAACGGGUUCGAGAUGCUGAGUGGUGAACAAUUGGAUACUAGGUUGAUACCGUGUUAUAGCAUUCAAUCAAUUAUACCACAUAAGGGACAGUUGCUUUGGAGGGCAAUGUGUCCAUGUGGAUGUCGUUUAUUACAGACGAGGAUUGAUGAAGGGGAUCUACAGGAAAUCCAAAUGAUCAUCUCAGAACUCAAGGAUCAUUUACACUAUCUAAUGAAACACCGCUAUGGCAGUUACGUAGUUCAGAAGUUUUUUCAAUCAAGCAACAUCCAAGAGCACUACGUGGACACUAUAUUUUCCUUGAUUAUUCAAGAUGUCAAUAAGCUGAAAGACGUCUGCAUGGAAAAUUAUGGAACUCGGGUUGUUCAAAUUAUGCUGGAGAAUAUCAUGACCGCACGCAAUAUACGUGCAAUUACACAUGCAAUGAUGACGAUCACAGUCCCGUUGACAAAAAAAUUUAAUGGUGGUUAUGUGAUUGAACAGUGCGUGAAGAUUAUUUUGAAUGAAAUAGCAUGGAAUUGCGUUGAUAUUGCAAGAGAUAAAAACGGAUGUUGUGUUAUUCAAAAUUGUCUGGACCAUGCUGAAGGAGAAGGUACACAACAUCUGGUCGAUGAAAUAAUGUUAAAUGCUGCUGUCUUAGCAGACGAUCCAUAUGGGUUUGACCUCUUCUGA